ACAGUAACCGCUGCGUGGCCCCGCCUCCCUGCCCUCCUCCCUCCUCCUCCUCUUCCUCUUGCUCCGGUCGGACGGCCACAUUCCCCGCUACCUUUCACCCCUGAGAAGCCCUGAUCUGACGGCGAAGCAGCGCGGACAAACCCCAGGACAACAUGGCGUCAGGUGUCACAGUGAACGAUGAGGUCAUCAGGGUGUUCAACGACAUGAAGGUGAGGAAAUCUUCAACUCAGGACGAGGUGAAGAAGAGGAAGAAGGCGGUGCUGUUCUGUCUGAGUGAGGACAGGAAGAAGAUCAUUGUGGAGGAGGGCAAGCAGAUCCUGGUGGGGGACAUCGGAGAGACGGUGGACGACCCCUACGCCUGCUUUGUCAAGCUCCUCCCCCUCAACGACUGCAGAUACGGCCUGUAUGAUGCCACCUAUGAGACCAAGGAAUCCAAGAAGGAGGAUCUCGUCUUCAUCUUCUGGGCUCCAGAUGGCGCUCCGCUGAAGAGCAAGAUGAUCUACGCCAGCUCUAAAGAUGCCAUCAAAAAGAAGUUUACAGGUAUCAAACACGAGUGGCAGGUGAACGGGCUGGACGACAUCCAGGACCGCAGCACUCUGGCUGAGAAGCUGGGCGGUAAUGUGGUGGUGUCUCUGGAGGGCAAGCCUUUGUGAUGUCAUCACACCGAGCCAAGCGGAGCCGAGCCAACCGCCGUGCCAUCCGGACCGAAGCACCUGACCCCACCUGAACACCGCCGCUUCACUCAGCAGCUUGCUCUGUCUGUAUCCCUGUCCCGAAGGAGUUAGCGUCUUUAGGCCUCUUUGUUUUCGUUGUUUUUGUUUUGUUUUUGUUGUUGUUUUAUUAUUUUUUUUUUUUUGCUUUUUUCCAACAUGAAGGAGAUCUCAUUAACAUAAUGACAUGCAAACACCUCCCAGUUUGUUGCCACAUGACUUCUGUUCACCUGGCAGGAAACAGCGACACACUACCAAACCCCAGGACGGUUGUCUCUCUCUCACAGCCAGAGUUUUGCCAAAAAGUCGAUGUGAAGGAAGCAGCCACAUGUGUCGGCGCCGCGAGGCUCCGCCUCCCGCAGCUUUUUACAUAUGACUUUAUUUAUUAUUGUAAACUGUUGUUCUGUUGGAAGCAGGCAGACGUAUUGUCAGACUAUGCAUUGAGAAGAGAAGAUUAUGACCCAGCACUUUUUGUUGAAACACUACAGGUUGAGACAGAACGUUAAAUUCUCUGUGUUUGUCACCAAGCUAACAUUUGUUUACCUCAGCUUUCAUUCCUGUUGGACUCAACGUCAUUCUAGCUGUUUGGUCGUCGCCUUACUUUCAGUUUGAAUGUAAUCGUCACACCAGUUAGUUAGGGUGCACUUUUAUUUUGUAAAGAAACACUACAGGAAGCAGAUUUGACCCCAGCAUUGAGAGACGACCCAACAACAACACGACAUCUGGAGCCUUAAAGUGGAACGUUGUUUCUGAGAUCACAGGAAGCCACUUUGCAAAUAAAAGCCUGUGGCAGAUCUGA